AUGCGGGGCUCCCAGGGGGCCGAGCCCGCCCAGCUCGGGGGCGGCCGCUGCAGCCUCUGCAGCUCCUGCAGCUCCCGCAGCCUCUGCAGCUCCCGCAGCCUCUGCAGCUCCCGCAGCCCCUGCAGCCCCUGCAGCUCCCGCAGCCCCCGCAGCCCCCGCUGCCUCGGCGUCCUCCGCCCCCCGGGCCCCCGCUGGUGCCGGGGCUUGGUGGCGCUGGGCGCCCUGGCGGGCGCGGGGCUGGGGUCGCUGGCGCUGGCGCGCCCCUCCCUGCGGCCCGUGCUGCUGUGGCUGGAGGGCCUGGACCGGCCGCUGGGCCCGCUGCUCUUCGUGCUGGGCUUCGUGGCCGUGUCGUUCCCCUGCGGCUGGGGCUACCUGGUGCUGAACGUGGCGGCCGGAUACCUGUACGGCUUCGCGGCCGGCGCGGGGCUGAUGGCGGUGGGCGUGCUGCUGGGCACGGCCGUGGCGCACGUGGCCUGCCGGAGGCUGCUGGCCGCCCGGGUGGCCGCCGCCCUGGACGCCAGCCGCAGGCUCGCCGCCCUCGUCCGCGUCCUCCGGGGACACGGGGGCCUCCGGCUCGUCGCCCUCGCCCGCCUCACCCCCAUCCCCUUCGGCCUGCAGAACGCCGUCUUCUCCAUUACAAAUCUAUCGUUACCCAAUUAUCUGAUGGCUUCUUCGGUUGGGCUGCUUCCUACCCAGCUUCUAAAUUCGUACUUGGGAACGACUUUGCGAACAAUGGAAGAUGUCAUUGCAGAGCAGAGUGUUAGCGGAUAUUUUGUUUUUAGUUUACAGAUUGUUAUAAGUAUAGGCCUCAUGUUUUAUGUAGUUCACCGAGCUCAAGUGGAAUUGAACGCAGCCAUUGUAGCUUGUGAAAUGGAACUGAAAACCUCUCUUCUUAAAGGCAGCCAAGCAAACAGCAGUGAUUCUGCGUUCUGCAACAAGAGGACUUUAACGUUUUCCGGAGCGGGAAUCGAUAUUGUAUGAUUCUAGUCAAAAAAACAAAAACAAAAAAUGUUUGUACUUGUAAGACUGACCCUUUGCCAGAUUCCUAAAAUAAUUUUUACAGUGGGCCCAGGCAUGUGUAAAAUUACAGGUUGUAAAGUGGCACAAACCAACUCACUGGUUUUCAAAUUGCACAAUGGAUUACCUUUUUUCUUUUUUUUUUAAAGCCAGGAGCGAUAGUUGUCUAAGUAAAUUUAAAAUGCAGAUGCAAUUUUGGCUGCACCUUCUACCGUUUAUUAUGCCAGUUAUAGCCUGUAGAGCUGCACUUUAGGUUUAUUUUUAUUUUUUGUGUGCCUCUGAACAAGAAAAUAGUUCAGAUUUUUCUGUUCCGCAUCUUUAUUUAAAGAAUGUGAAUAAUUGUAUGCAUCUUUCUUAUUGAGACAGACCAGUAACAAGUAUGCAGAUUAAGGAACAAUGUUCUUGAAUGUGCUUUGCUUUGGAAAUAUUUCCAGAAAUGAUAAACAGUGUUUUUAUAUCUUAUGGGACCAUUUGGUUUUCCCUUUCCUUUUUAUUUUAAAAUACAAACAUUUACUUUUGGUUGAAUGUAUUUUUGUAAAUCAUUGAAUUGUUGCAGGGCCAUUUAUACAUAUUCAAACAAGCUUAAAUCCUACAUUGUGGGAAUGAAGUGCUCUUAAGAUACUAUUUUUAUUUACACUGUGUAAUAUGCAAAGCAAAAGGGAAAUACUAAAAUAGUUAAUGGGUAGUGGCUUGGAUAAAAACAGGUGUCGGGAGAUUAGCGAUCUAAAUUGCAUUACAGUGACAUUACCCUUUCAAGUUCUUUAAUAAAAGGGCUGUUCCAUUGCAAUCCGAUCUAUACCAGUUUAUGUUUUUUGUUAAAAUUACUGAUUCGAGGGCCUUUUUGUUUUGGUUGAAAUGAUAAUACACAAUUAGGCUUUCAGAAUAAGGGGAUGUAUUUUGUGUCUUCCCUUUAAAUUGCUAGGAUUUCCAAUUGUGCAGAUGUGACACAGGUGGCCUUUGCUUUAUAAUGACUUUUUUCCUUUAAAUAAUAAACUUGAGAUCAGCUUUGUAAAUCCACCUAUCAAGGAGGUUUGUCUUUGAGUUUGUGUUUUCAGUUUUAAACCUGAUUAGCUUAGAAAAAGCCCACGUUUUUAAUAUUUUCCCCUGGAAAAAGACUUGUUUUUACGAUUCGGGUGUUCUGAAAUGUGAAAUUGAACUAGAUGUGGGAUGUGGCUUCCUAGGUAUGCAGCACGAAUCUGGUAUAGUGAUGUUCAGCACUUGGAAGUGUAGGUGUGAAACUUUUUUUUUUUUUUUUUUAGCUUUUUGUUGUUUCAUACUGUAGGUCCUGAAGUGUUGUUCCUUUCCCAUCAGGCAUUUACUAGAUGGGGGGAAACUAGUUUGUUUUCAGUAUUUCACAUAAAAUUGUAGUUUUUUCUGAUUAACGAAAAUGCUUGGUUUGGGAUUCUUGUUGCUCGGAAAGAUUCAAGCUUCAUAUCAAAGGGCCUCUGUGGCCUUUUAUUUAGAGGGCAGAAAUGUCCCGUUGACUUAAUCGAGUACGUGUCCUAAAGUACGCCAGAUGGAACUUUGGAGGCAGAGAUUGUGCUAGUCUGAGAUUGGGAUGAAUCAUGUUAAAUCAUGUCCACAGCGUUAAUUUUAAUGACCUUAAUGGGCCAAAUUACCAAGAUGAAAAAUCUCCUGAAGAAAAGACAAUCAGUGAAGAUAUUUUGGGGCAUCUUAAUAUAUAGCAAAUAAUUGACCUCCAAAGGGAUGUUCUUCUAUUUUGGAAUCCUGCUAGAGAAAAAUAUUGGAUCCUUUUUCCCGCUGACUUAGUUUAGAAACGCAUUUUAGUCCACUAGCCCCGUGAACUACCUGAUCUGAAUCUUACCUUACGCUGAUUAAACUGAAGGGAGAGGUUUCUCUGGGGGAUUUGGUUGAUGGGGUUAAUUGAGAAAGGCAUUUAACUUCAAAGAGAAUUGUUUACACCAAUAAUUGCUUGACAGACAUUUCCCAAAUAUGUAUUUUGAACUGCAUUAUUUACACAGCAUUUUGUAACUAGAGUAACUUCACUAAGUGAACACCUUUUUGGUAGUAUUGGAUGAGUUCUUCCAGUUAUUGCAUUUUGCUUGGUACUUGUAAUACUUGUCUACAGGUUAAAGAGAAAUAUACAUUUGAAAGUAACUUUUCUGUAUUCUGCCAAUCAUAAUUUUCUAUAAUAAAUUCACUCAAUUUGCUGAAAA